AUGGAUGUGGGAGCGCUGAGCAAUGAGGAGCUGGCGAGCCAGCUGCAGCAGGUGGGGGUGACAAGCUACACUGCAGUCAAGCUCAUCAACCCCUUUAUCCGCAAGACGGCGCUGCGCAAGCUCAAGUCCCGCCUUGACGAAGAGGGCAUCGCGUAUGUGGACAGCAAUGCCGAGCCAAAGGACACGGUGUUCUUUGCCAUUGCAUCGUUGGAUGUGCUGAACACUGGGCGCGUGCGUCUCAAGGGAGCACAUGUCCGUGCCGUUGAUCUUUCUUCGCUCCCCUACGACGACGACGACGACGAUGACCAGUGCUGCCUCGCAAGCGGUGUGUACAAGAUCACUGUCCUACGCAGCAAGCGCACACACGUGCAGGACCGGCUCGAAGAGCUGCCUGGCAUUGUGUUCUGCCGGGUUGUUGGGUCGGAGGAUGAGGGACUGCGACUGCUGGCGAACCCAGUGGUGAUGGCCUUCUUCAGCCACACUGCUCCCAUCCACCUCAACACGGACUCAGAGCUCUCAGAGCUCUCAGUGGCACGAGAGAGCGCCAUCAUAGACAAGGGAGGAUCAGAAGAAGGGGGCCAACAUGGAGAGCAUGAAGCAGCAGAGCAAGACGAUAGCAAAGGCCAAGGCAGUGCGCCAGCCACAGCAGCAGCGCAUGCCACAGCAGGGGUGCUUCGCUUCUUCUCCUCACGCCUGUCCAUACUGGCCCGUGAGGCGAAGACAAACCCGUGCAUCACCAUCUCCUUUGUUGCACCAGCAGACACCACGCAGCAACAACCCAGCACCACCAACAGCAGCAACAGUAGCAGCAACAACAACAGCAACGACAACAACAGCAGCAGCAGCAGCAACCACGACAGCAGCAGCAGCAGUGUCCCUCCCACCACUUCCACCUCCUCAUCCACCACCCCUGCCACCACCACCGCUGAAGCUGAGGAUGAGAAGCGAGCAGCGUUGACGGCGAUGAACAGAUGCACGGAACGACGGGCACGUGAGGCCAAGGCGCUGGCACGUGAACUCGGGCGCUCGCUGGGCGGUAGUGUCGGGUUUGUUGCUGUUGGCUCGCUGACGGCAGCACGGGAGUGGUGCGAAGCAGCGAUGGCCGAGCAGAAGCGAAGGGACAGCGCAGUGGCAGCCGCUGCUGUCGGUGGUGCGAACGAUCAAGAUGGAGAGGGCAAUCCAAUCACACCCAAUGGUGGUGGUGGUGGUGAUGAUGACGCCAGAAGCACGCCGGUGAAGGACAAGACGAAGGUGGCGGCAGAUGUGAGUGCUGGUGAAGAGCACGUGCCAACGCCGCGGAGGGAAGGGCUUGGCGCCAAGUUGGGGCAGCUUGAGACAGCGAUCGAAACCAGCGACCUUGCAACGUUCAAGGCUCUCAUUUGCGAUCCAAAGUUGCUGUUUGAAUCGAGCAUCAAGGACGAGCACACCCUUCCAUGCCGUCUCCGUAAACCACAGGCGGACGACGUUGUGAGCGAAACGCCGCUGCACGCCAUUGCCAUUCGCGGGGAAACGGAACUUGCUCGCGCCCUCUUCAGCCGAAUUCAGGAGGCCGUGGAGAGUGAUCUGAUUGGCGAUGACAAGACGCCGGAUGAGUCCAAGCUGCGUGAAAUUGAUCGCCUCGCAACGGCGCUCACCCUCAAGUACCUCAUGUUCCCCAUCCGCGGCCAGCCGCCUGCUGAUCCCCGCCGGCGCACGUCGAAGGAUGAGGAUGACGCAUUCAUGACUGCACUGCAUCUCGCAAGUGCACACGGCCACGCUGAUACCCUUCGUCUCCUGCUCAACUUGCUCGGCGGUACGCCCCCUCCGCGUGCGUUUGGGAAUCGCACACUGGCUGACGUUGCAUGCACACGCGUGAAAGGUGCCGUCCCUGAAGAAACCAAGGCGCGUGUGCUACGCGUGAUUGCGGGCCGGUGGUUCGUUCCUCUCGUUGGCCGUGGACGGCGCACACGUGUUGGGGCGCCGUGGUGUCCAGAGUACAUGCAAUCGACAACACAAGAGUCUGAGUUUCGCGCGUUUGCUGGUCCAAUGACAAGAGCCGAAGCGGACGCCUUCUCGUCGUUUUGGCGCCGCGGCCCAACAGGUGCUGCGCGCGGAGUGCAGUCGCCGCUCGUGCGGUCCCGCAGCGACAUGUCUGCACUGCAGGCACGAUUCGGCGCCCUCAUGCGCGAAAACAGCAGCAGUGGUGGUGGUGGUGAUGGUGGUGGUGGUGGUGGUGGUGAUGGUGGUGGUGGUGGUGGUGGCAACGUGAGCAAUGCCACGGGUAGCCUGCUGAAGGACAUGCAACCGCUGCCUGAGGUCGACGAACAACAACAACCCCAACAACAACAACAACAACAACAGCAGCAGCAGCAGCAGCAGGAGGCGGAGGAGGAGGAGGAAAGGGGGAAAGAACGCGCUUUUUCCAGUACAGGUACAGCAACACCAACAUCAACAAAUGCGCCUUCAGCGGACACAUCUGCAUCGACGGCGACUGCUCCGUCGUUGUUGCUGCGGACGGGCGGGCGGGCUGUGUCUGCACCCGUGCUAUCAGCACCAUUGGCAGGCAUCCAAGGCAGCCACACUCAUGAGGGUGAUGUGGAUGGAAGCGAUGGUGGGGAUGAUGUUGAUGCACUCACGCUGGCAUUGGACAAGACCUCGGUGUCAUCACCUUCAGACCACAGGAGAGUGGAUGCAACUGCCGCUGCAAGCACUGGUACUGUUGACACACCAACAACAACCGCAACAACAACCGCAACAACAACUACCGCAACAACAACCGCAACAACAACCGCAACAACAACCGCAACAACAGCCGCAACAACAGCCGCAACAACAGCCGCAACAACAGCCGCAACAACAGCCGCAACAACAACCGCAACAACAGCCGCAACAACAGCCGCAACAACAACCGCAACAACAGCCGCAACAACAGCCGCAACAAAUACAUCUGUAGCGACAACAGCGGCAGCCGCAACACACGGGAGCAGCCACACCAGCACCUCCACCAACACGCCACUGCACAGCGCACCGCCGACUCCCGCUGGCAUUCGCACGCCCGUGCUGACGGCCAAAGGGCUGCAGAUGCGAUCGAAUCUUGAGAGCGCGGUCACGGUGGACAUGUGGUCCGAAUUGGAGGACUUGCGCAAGGCAGACCCAUGCAAGGGGAUGGAGAUCAAAGGGCGUGCACUAGCGCGUUUAGCCGGCGUGUCGUGGGAGGAGUACUGGCCGUUUUUGGGCUGCAUGACCAACUUGGGCACGGAUGAAGGUCUGCAGCGACUGGAGGACUAUUUCUCCGUCACUGACAUGCGCUUUGUCGGCGGCGAACGCACCAGCGCGUGGGACGUGACUGCUUUUGUUGCCUGUCAGGAGCACCUAACCAUCGAACAGGCCAACUCAGAUCCACUCUAUGGCGAAAAGCUCAAGUCUGCGCUUGCCGUUCGCUUUCCGCACGUUAUGCGCUGGUUCAACGUGUUGGAGGAGGAGCAACGAGCUGUAACAUCGCAGCCGAUGCAGCAGUCACCGCUGUCUCGCCGCGUACAAGAGCGUGCUACUCCCACGCGCGAUCCUGCCACGCCUGCUGCCAGCAGCCCGCUCACGCAGUCCACCAACAACACGCCGACGGCGGCGUCGCCAAUUCGCCCUCCGUCGCGUCUGUCCCUCACAACACCUCGCCGCUCGUACAUGUCGCCGCUCCGUCGCGCUUCAAGAACAGCACUGAGGACUGCUGGGCGUGGCAGCUGCAUUGCAUCACUGCUCUCGCGCCACACUCCAAUCCGCGUCGCCUCUCCCGUUGGAUUUCGCCGCCGCCUCGAAUGGCUCAAGCAGCAAGCGGACAAUGAGGAUUUGCCCGGCACGUUUGUGGACGCGCCUCUUGAGCAACCGCGUCGCGCGUGUCUGUUGGCGCUGUCAUGUGCGCGCAUCAACGCGUGUGGUGUGAGCAGUGUCUGCCUCUAUUCGGCCGUCAUUUCGCCAAAACCAGCAGCUACGCCUCCAAGCACCACACCAGCCCCAUCUACUGCCACCACCGCCACAACAGCAGCACCGUUAACUGCAGACGGCACGCAAGACAAGGACCUCGUGACCGCGAAGGAAGCAGAGGGUGGUGCUGUGGAAGGUAGCGAUGGUGGUGGUGGUGGUGGUGGUGGUGUGCGCAAAGACGAAAGCAGUGUGAGAGAGGAGGAAGAAGGUGCGGCUGUGAAACAUGAGAGUGAGGAGUGAGCCAGCGAUGUGGCGACGUGAUGUGAUGUGACAUGAAACAUCCUCUUUUCCAUUAGUUUCCGUUUGGAACUGGACUGUUGUCUAUUCUUUGCUGCACACACACACACACUGUAUCUUGAACUUAGGAUCAUAAACAUCAACGACAGCG